GUGGACAGUGAGCAUGCGUACCAUAGCCGAAGUUCGUAAAUUGAAAUUGAACAUGCGUAAUUAAUCUUUCUGAAUAGGAAAAAAUAUAUACACAACAAAACUCUCCGUUUAUGGAACAUGCGCAUUCGUUCUCAGUAAGUUUUUUCGUGUUGAAAGUGAGCAUGCGCAUGGUGAGUAGGUUGGUCCGAAGUUUGAACCGGACAGUAGCUCUGCUCCGCGUCUGGCGGUUGUUUUUAGAGGCAAUACACCUAGUUUGUGGCUCAGCAUGUCAAUUGUAACAGUGCAACUUGGUCAGUGUGGCAAUCAGAUUGGUUUUGAAGUUUUUGAUGCUUUGCUUAGUGAUUCACACAGUUCCCAGGGACUCUGCUCUAAGAGAGAGAAUGAGGCAUAUCAAGCAUCUUGCAAAGAAAGAUUCUUCAGUGAGGAGGAGAAUGGAGUUCCAAUUGCCCGGGCUGUUCUUGUUGACAUGGAACCCAAAGUUAUCAAUCAAACGCUGUCAAAGGCUGCCCAGUCUGGCCAGUGGAAAUAUGGUCAACAUGCAUGCUUCUGUCAAAAACAAGGUUCUGGAAACAACUGGGCAUAUGGUUACUCUGUUCAUGGACCCAGGCAUGAAGAAUCUAUAAUGAGCCUAAUCCGGAAGGAAGUGGAGAAAUGUGACUCUUUCAGUGGUUUUUUCAUCAUAAUGAGUAUGGCUGGGGGCACAGGAUCAGGAUUAGGAGCUUUCGUUACACAGAAUUUACAAGAUCAGUACCCAAACUCAUUGAAAAUGAAUCACAUUAUUUGGCCUUAUGGAACUGGUGAGGUUAUUGUUCAAAACUACAACUCCAUUUUGACACUUUCUCACUUGUACCGAUCUUCAGACGCCCUCCUUGUUCAUGAGAAUGAUGCCGUCCAUAAGAUCUGUGCAAAACUGAUGAAUAUCAAGCAGAUCUCCUUUAGUGAUAUCAAUCAAGUCCUCGCACAUCAGCUGGGAAGUGUGUUCCAGCCUACUUAUUCUGCAGAAAGCUCAUUUCACUACAGACGAAAUCCACUAGGAGACUUAAUGGAGCAUUUAGUUCCCCAUCCUGAAUUCAAGAUGCUGAGUGUUCGUAACAUUCCUCACAUGUCUGAGAAUUCACUGGCAUACAGCACAUUUACUUGGGCUGGCCUCCUCAAGCAUUUGAGACAGAUGCUCAUUUCUAAUGCAAAGAUGGAAGAAGAGGUGGGGUCUGACUGUGUUGCCCAGGCUAGUCUUGAACUCCUGGUUUCAAGUGAUCCUUCCACCUCAGCCUCUCAAAGUGCUGGGAUUACAGGUAUUGAUUGGCAUGUACGGCCUCCUUUGUCAGGACUUCCUCCUCUUGGUAAAAUGUCUCUCAACAAGGACCUGCAUUUUAACACUUCCGUUGCUAACUUGGUCAUUCUUCGUGGGAAAGAUGUGCAAAGUGCAGAUGUGGAGGGAUUUAAAGAUCCAGCUCUGUAUACUUCCUGGUUGAAGCCUGUUAAUGCUUUCAAUGUGUGGAAAACCCAGCGGGCCUUUAGCAAAUAUGAGAAGUCUGCAGUGUUGGUCAGCAACAGCCAGUUCUUAGUAAAACCACUUGAUACGAUUGUUGGGAAGGCAUGGAAUAUGUUUGCUUCAAAAGCCUACAUUCAUCAGUACACAAAAUUUGGAAUUGAAGAAGAGGACUUUUUAGACAGUUUCACGUCAUUAGAGCAGGUUGUUGCCAGUUACUGUAAUCUCUGAUCUUGAACAAUGGGAAAAGUACCUUAAGGCAUUUUUGGACUAAAAUAUUUUCAAUACUAUUUUCUCUGUAAAGUUUUCAAAGUUCUCCAUCCUGGCUAACACGGUGAAACCCCGUCUCUACUAAAAAAUACAAAAAAUUAGCCAGGCGUGUUGGCAGGCGCCUGUAGUCCCAGCUACUCGGGAGGCUCAGGCAGGAGAAUGACGUGAUCCCAGGAGGCGGAGCUUGCAGUGAGCCGAGAUCGCGCCACUGCACUCCAGCCUGGGCGAUAAAGCGAGACUCCGUCUCAAAAAAAAAAAAAAAAAAAAAAGAGUUUUCAAAGUUCCAUUCUGUUAAAGUAACCACGUAGAAUGCUGAGUCUAUUCUGCAUACUAUGCCCACAGAAAAGGAAGAAAACUUUUUAAAUGGAGAAUCGCAUGUUUUCAAUGAAAACAUUCACUUGGUAUUUCAUUUGUAAGGAAAAAAAAUGGUUCUUUUAUAAAGAACUUUGGGGAAACACUUUGCUGAAAUGUUGGGACUCUGGAACUAGCCAAGAAAAGAGAAUAUUCUCUUUGUCUACAUGUUCCUAAAUCUUUACUCCAAAACAACUCCAAAAACAACUCACAAAGCAUGAACCAAACUUUCACAGCAUAAUUUCAAGCUAGGGAAUUGUAAUUCUGUACUUAAUAUAUUCAUGUUUGAAGUGAAUGCUUUGAACCACAGGAGGGAGAUGUUGUCAAAUGCUACAGUGUGAACAUGUAUUUUGAAUAUUCUGUAACAGGGUAAGUUUCCACUCUAAGCAGCUAUUUAAAAAUAAAUAUGAGGAUUUUGGUAAUAAAUGCUUAUGCUUAAGUACAAAAGUAAAUAGGUAAAUGUG